AUGUCAAGCUCUGAAUCAUUAUUGCCAUCAUUUGCAGCAAAAUUUCACUGUCACCUUGAGGCUGUGGGAAUCCUUGUGCGGUGCAUCCUCAAUUAUGAGCUUCUUUCCGACUCGGCGCUUCCAACGGCUGGUGAGCCUCCGACAACGUGUAAUUUAAUUUCAUCGAGCUCGUCAUUCAAAAGGGGCACUUUUCGGCGAUGCGGGCAGGAACAUAAGAUUGGAGCUUGGCUCUUUUGCUACUCUAGUGUCGAACCUCUUCUCUCUGGAACAGCACGAGUUCCUCCUCUUCCAAGAUUUGUACUGAGGUAUCCCAUCAUAGAAGAGAAUAUGGUCCAUUCAGACCCGCUGCUUCUAUCCGAAACUGAAUUUCUAUCUGAUAGACACCCUGAGUCAGUUUUCCGAGCCAACAAACAAGAGACCGGCUCUCCGAGUCAGCAAUUUGACUUCAGCGAUAAGGAGAGAGAUGUUCUACUACCAACCCGCUCAAAUACUCCUGGUCUACCGUGCUCAUGUAGGAUGAAUAUUCCUUUAUCCAGGAAAUACUCGCCUGUUUCUCUGAAUUCUACAAUAACACCCGAGAGCAAAGAAAAAAAUGACGAUGUAGAUCCUGUAUCCAACAUCACUGAAAAAAAUUCUAUCCCAUUCUCAUUCCUAUUCAAUACUAGUUCCUCGAUCUCUAAUCCAGAUUUUUACAAAGAUCACAGUCAUCCAGCAUUAAUUCCCACACACUCGAGUUGGAGAAACUUUAUUUAUACACAUGAAAUUCCACGCAAGCUUCUCCAUGUCUCAAUAGGAGUAUUCUCCAUCCACUUUUUUCUUUCCGGUAUCCAAACUACGGCGAUAACGCCAUGGUUAACAGGUGCUCUAUUCCUUAUUUCGGCCACUGAUUACCUACGUCAUAAUAACGAGACUUUUAACCAAUUUUAUAUUCGUAUAUUAGGUGUGUUGAUGCGAGAAAGUGAACAUAGAGGCUGGAAUGGUGUUGUUUGGUACUUGUUAGGCGCGUGGUUCGUUUUGGUUACAUUUCCAAAAGAUGUCAGUCUAAUGAGUAUAUUACUUCUGAGCUGGUGCGAUACAGCUGCUAGUACGAUUGGAAGGGCUUAUGGGAAAUACACCAUCAAGAUCAGAAAGGGAAAAAGUGUUGCGGGAUCAGCAGCAGCCUUUAUAGUGGGUGUCGCCACGGCUGUAUUAUUUUGGGGGUGGUUAGCACCACGAUCAGGACCCUUUCCCCAUGAUUGCGAUUUUCCUUUUAUGUUCACAGGCUCCAUACGACUUCCAUCAAUAAUUAGAGAAUGGUUUGGACUAUCCGAAAUAAAGGGCUCAGUGGGUGGAGCCUCAGCUCUUUGUAUUUUAAGUAUUUGGACUGGCUUUGUGGCAAGCACGAGCGAGUUUAUCAAUCUUUUUGGAUUGGACGAUAACUUGACGAUUCCAUUACUUAGCGGAGUCGGUAUAUGGAGCUUUCUGAAAGUUUUUAGAUAA